ACUGAAUUUGGAUUUAAGUAUCUGUCUCCAUUAAAUAUUGUUGUUUGUUUGAUCUCAAAUCUCAAUACAAUAAUGCAACCCACAGCAUUCAAAUUUUGACUCAGGCAAUGGUCAAACUCAACUCAUGCCUAUAUUAAGGACCUCACUCCAUCUCACCCACAACACUACUACUUCCUUUCGAGCGUCAGGCUAACUGUUAGUUCUUCUUGCCGUUUCUCUCUGAUCUAAUUCAAUCGUAUCAAUUAAUGGAGGUUCAUUCUAUCUUAUUCCGGACACUCCCACAGGCAUUCUUUCUAUUGCUUAUUAUAAACUUGGCCACGACACCCUAUGGCUAUGUUCAAGGCCAAGGCACCCGUGUUGGGUUCUAUUCCAAAUCUUGCCCCCAAGUCGAAACCACAGUACGCUCCACUGUUCAAUCCCAUUUCCGAUCUGAUCCCACCAUUGCUCCUGGAUUACUCCGAAUGCACUUCCAUGACUGCUUUGUCCAGGGCUGUGAUGCUUCCGUCCUUAUCGACGGGCCUUCCACCGAGAAAACGGCACCACCCAACCAACUGUUGAGGGGAUACGAUGUUAUUGAUGAUGCCAAAACCCAGCUUGAAGCUGCCUGUCCUGGUGUCGUCUCUUGCGCUGAUAUUCUAGCACUUGCGGCCCGUGACUCAGUUGUAUUGGCGAAUGGACCAAGCUGGCAAGUGCCCACUGGGCGCAGGGAUGGGCUAGUAUCAAGGGCUUCUGAUACUACAACUUUACCGGGUUUCACCGACUCCAUUGACGUGCAGAAACAAAAGUUCGCUGAUCAAGGCCUAAACACUCAGGAUCUCGUCACCCUUGUUGGAGGCCACACCAUUGGAACUACAGCUUGCCAGUUUUUCAGAUACAGGCUAUAUAACUUCACCACAACUGGAAACGGUGCCGACCCGACCAUCGACUCCAACUUCCUUCCCCAACUGCAGGCUCUCUGCCCACCCAACGGCGACGGAACCAGGCGCAUAGGAUUAGAUACCGGCAGCUCCGACAGAUUCGAUGGAUCCUUCUUUACAAACCUAAGGAAUGGACGGGGAAUACUCGAAUCAGAUCAGAAGCUUUGGACGGAUCCUUCCACAAGAACAUUUGUUCAACAAUUCUCAGGGCCCAUCAGAGGCUUGCUUGGGUUGAGAUUCAAUAUUGAGUUCGGACGGUCCAUGGUGAAGAUGAGUAACAUUGGUGUGAAGACUGGUACUGAAGGAGAAAUUCGCAGAGUAUGCUCUGCCAUCAACUAGUGUGAAUUGGGUUGCUUUUCUUCAUCAAUAAGUUUGUGUGAAGAUUAAUUCAACUAUAAAUGUGAUCUUUCGUUAGUUUCAAGUUGUGAAGGAUUUUCCUUGCUUUCGGAAAAAAGAACGGACUAAAGCUGUAUUAAAUGGAUAUUAUGAUGUAUUAUUGGCAAAUGAUUGAAAUCGUACAGAUGCCUUAUUUUGCCUUUA